CCCCCCGCAGCCGCCGCCGAUGGCUCAGGACAACGCCGCCUUCUGCGGGGUCCCCGAGGGGGUCCCCGCGGGGGUCCCCGCCGAGGCCAAGCCCCCUCCCCAGCCCCCCCAGGCCCCCCAACGCCGCCCGUGGGGGGCCGGGGGCGGCGCGGCGGCCCGGAAGCGCCAGCGCUACGUGGAGAAGGACGGCAAGUGCAACGUGCAGCACGGCAACGUGCGCGAGACCUACCGCUACCUGACCGACAUCUUCACCACCCUGGUGGACCUCAAGUGGCGCUUCAGCCUCCUCAUCUUCAUCCUGGCCUACGCCCUCACCUGGCUCUUCUUCGGCCUCAUCUGGUGGGUCAUCGCCUACAGCCGCGGCGACCUGGAGCACCUGGGCGACCACAGCUGGACGCCGUGCGUCAACAACCUCAACGGCUUCGUCUCCGCCUUCCUCUUCUCCAUCGAGACCGAGACCACCAUCGGCUACGGCCACCGCGUCAUCACGGACACGUGCCCCGAGGGCAUCGUGCUGCUGCUGCUGCAGGCCAUCCUGGGCUCCAUGGUCAACGCCUUCAUGGUGGGCUGCAUGUUCGUCAAGAUCUCGCAGCCCAACAAGCGCGCCGAGACCCUGGUGUUCUCCUCGCACGCCGUGGUGUCGCUGCGCGACGACCGCCUGUGCCUGAUGUUCCGCGUGGGCGACCUGCGCGACUCGCACAUCGUGGAGGCCUCCAUCCGCGCCAAGCUCAUCCAGUCCAAGCAGACGCAGGAGGGCGAGUUCAUCCCGCUGGACCAGACCGACCUGAGCGUGGGCUUCGAGACGGGCGACGACCGGCUCUUCCUGGUGUCGCCGCUCAUCAUCAGCCACGAGAUCGACGAGCGCAGCCCCUUCUGGGACGUGUCGCGGGGGCAGCUGGAGAGGGACGACUUCGAGAUCGUCGUCAUCCUCGAGGGCAUGGUGGAGGCCACAGGGAUGACGUGCCAGGCGCGCAGCUCCUACCUGGCGGACGAGGUGCUCUGGGGUCACCGCUUCACGCCGCUGCUCAGCCUGGAGGAAGGCUUCUACGAGGUGGACUACGGCGGCUUCCACCACACCGUGCCUGUGCCCACGCCGGCCUGCAGCGCCCGCCAGCUGGCCGCCGCCGCCGCCCGCCGCGAUGCCCACCUCUACUGGUCCAUCCCCAGCCGCCUGGACGAGGCGGCGGCGGCGGGGGGCGAGGGGGACCCCGAAAUGUCCCCCCGCGAGAGCAACGGGACCUUGGCCAGCCCCGAGUCGCGGUGAUGCCGCCAAAACCUGUAAAUAGCAAAAAUCCAGCCCCGCUAGGA